AUGGCGCAGAAAGAUCAGCUGGACCGAGACUCGAUCAGCUGUUCAAUCUGUCUGGAUCUACUGAAGGAUCCGGUGACUAUUCCCUGUGGACACAGCUACUGUAUGAGCUGUAUUAAAGGAUUCUGGGAUGGAGAGGAUCAGAGGAAGAUCUACAGCUGCCCUCAGUGCAGAGAGGCCUUCACACCGAGGCCUGUCCUGAAGAAAAACACCAUGUUAGCAGCUUUAGUGGAGCAGCUGAAGAAGACUGGACUCCAAGCUGCUCCUGCUGAUCACUGCUAUGCUGGACCUGAAGAUGUGGUCUGUGAUGUCUGCACUGGGAGGAAGCUGAAAGCCUUCAAGUCCUGUCUGGUGUGUCUGGCCUCUUACUGUGAGAAUCACCUCCAGUCUCACUAUGAAUCACCUACAUUUAAAAAACACAAGCUGGUGGAGCCCUCCAAGAAGCUCCAGGAGAACAUCUGCUCUCGUCAUGAUGAGGUGAUGAAGAUAUUCUGCCGUACAGAUAAGAAGAGUAUCUGUUAUCUGUGCACUAUGGAGGAUCAUAAAGGCCACGACACAGUCCCAGCUGCAGCAGAAAGGACUGAGAGGCAGAGAGAGCUCGAGGUGAGUCGACUAAACAUCCAGCAGAGAAUCCAGGACAGAGAGAAAGAUGUGAAGCUGCUUCAACAGGAGGUGGAGGCCGUCAGUCGCUCUGCUGAUAAAGCAGUGGAGGACAGUGAGAAGAUCUUCACUCAGCUGAUCCGUCUCCUCCAGAAAAGAAGCUCUGAUGUGAAGCAGCAGAUCAGAUCCCAGCAGGAAACUGAAGUGAGUCGAGUCAAAGAGCUUCAGGAGAAGCUGCAGCAGCAGAUCACUGAGCUGAAGAGGAAAGACGCUGAACUGAAGCAGCUCUCACACACAGAGGAUCACAACCAGUUUCUACACAACUACCCCUCAGUGUCACAACUCAGUGAACCUACAGACUCAUCCAGCAUCAAUAUCCGUCCUCUGAGAUACUUUGAGGAUGUGACAGCAGCUGUGUCAGAGCUCAGAGAUAAACUACAGGACAUCCUGAGGGACAAAUGGACAAACAUCUCACUGGCAGUGGCUGAAGUGGACGUUUUACUGUCAGAACCCCAACCCAAGACCAGAGCUGAGUUCUUAAAAUAUUCACGUGAAAUCACUCUGGAUCCAAACACAGCACACACACAUUUGUUAUUAUCUGAGGGGAACAGAAAAGUAGAAUGGACAAGUCAACAAAAUUCAUAUCCGGAUCACCCAGACAGAUUUGAUGUAAAGCCUCAGCUGCUGUGUAGAAAUUUUCUGACUGGUCGCUGUUACUGGGAGGUCGAGUGGAGAGGAAGAGUUUAUAUAUCAGUGAGUUACAGAAGAAUCAGCAGGAAAGGAAACAGUGCUGACUGUGUGUUUGGAAGGAAUGAUCAGUCCUGGAGUCUGGACUGCUCGGAUGAUGGUCGUUACUCUGUCCGUCACAAUAAGAGAGAAACAUCCAUCUCCUCCUCCUCCUCCUCCUCCUCCUCUUCCUCUGUCUCUAACAGAGUAGCAGUGUAUGUGGACUGUCCUGCUGGCACUCUGUCCUUCUACAGAGUCUCCUCUGACACACUGAUCCACCUCCACACCUUCAACACCACAUUCACUCAACCUCUGUGUGCUGGGUUUGCAGUCUGGUCUGAUUCCUCAGUGUCUCUGUGUUCUCUGAAGGAGGGAGAGUCUCUCUCUGUGUCUCUGUAGGAGGGAGAGUCUCUCUGUGUCCUCUGUAGGAGGGAGAGUCUCUCUCUGUGUUCUCUGUAGGAGGGAGAGUCUCUCUGUGUCUCUGUAGGAGGGAGAGUCUCUCUGUGUCCUCUGUAGGAGGGAGAGUCUCUCUGUGUUCUCUGUAGGAGGGAGAGUCUCUCUGAGUCCUCUGUAGGAGGGAGAGUCUCUCCUUUGGACAAAAACUCUGCUGACUGAAAAUCAGCUGUUGAAAUCAAACAUCACACACACUCUGCACUGUGAAGCAGAUCCGUCUCUGACUCAAACACUCAGUUAUUUGUCCUUCUACAUGAUUCAUUGAUUAGUCUCAGUUGACUCUGCUGUUGUUACUGUCAGGAUCCAAUGAGCAGCAUGCAGCUCUAUUCAUGUUUCAAUCUAAUAACAUCUGUCCAGCUGUGGAAGCCCACAGUGUUUUUGUG